CUUUAAUCAUCCACAAAACCAAAUGAAAAUUGAAAAUGGCUACCAUUUUUUUAUUAUCCUACAAUUUUUUGUAAGGAAAAUCACACAAGUGAAAUUUUGUAUUAGAUAAAAUAGCAAUUGUAAUCUGAAGCAGCAGUCGUACCGUGGAAACACAAAAGCAUUUAAAACCUACAAUACAUUAUUAACAAAGUAAAGCCGAUUUAUCAAUUUUACUUUAAUUGAGUAAACUGUGAUGUUUGUUGUCUGCUGUUAAUUAUGAUUUCUGUUUGAUACUGCUGUAAAAGGAUUAAAAUUAUACACACUAACACUAUGGAUAAUAUUGUAUCAUCAAAUUGUAUGACAGAAAAAGAAGAAGCUGUUAAAUUGCAUGAAAAUAUAGAGCAAACGACAAAUUCUUUGAAUUUCUUACAAGAUAAAUCCGAACAAGAUGAAAAUGGCCACAUAGCACUUUCAUCUGCAGGUGGUGAUGACAAUGGUGCACUUGAAUGUAUUGAUAUUAUGUUACCAACCCUUGAAUCUUCUAUUCAACAUGAGGAGAAAAAUGGUGAUAAUAUGGUAGCAGCAUAUGAAAGUUCAAAACAAAAUAUCUACCAAUAUACUGAUGAGAACCAUCAAAAUGAUGAAGGUGAACUUUUAAAUAAUUUUCCAAAGUCUGAAGUGAGUUAUAAUAAAAUUGUGGAAUUGAGUAAUAUUCGAGUAAUUAAUGUUACAGUAAUUCAAGAAGAUGAAGAAGAAGGAGGAGGAGAAGAAGAAGAAGCAAAUGAUCAAAUUCAAGACCUCGAGUUACAGGAAAAUCAAGUAAUUAAUGUACAUCAAGAUCAAGUUAUAAUUCAAACUAUGGAAACAUUACAUUUUGAUGAAUCUAAUCUCGCGAAUGAAUACAUUGACGAUGAAAAUUUAAAUUCUCACAUAGUCGAACAAGAAGAGAAAGAAAAUGAAAAGAAGAAUAAUAAAAAUGAAGUACUUGAUGAAACUAUUUUAGAGGAUAAUUACGAUAUUGAGGAAAAUUUACAAAAUAAUGAUGAAAACAGUGAAGAAUGUCAAUUGUCGUUAAGUGUUGAUCAAUUCGAAGACGAAACAAUACAUAAAGAAACAAUUGCCGAUUAUUGUGAUGAAAGUCUUAUUGAUAAUAAUAAAGGAGCAGAAUUUUUAGAAAACAGUAAUUCUGAAUGUGAGUUGAAUGACGAAUACACUCAUUUAACAAAUCCACCUGAGAUUCAAUUAUCAAAUGCAACACAAGAUUUAACUGAUGAUGCACAUCAUCAUUCACUGGAUUCUAAUAAGGAUCUUAUUUCGCCUAAUCAAACAUCGGAUUAUGAAGUAUAUUCGAGUAAUACAGAAGAGAACACAAUUCAAAUUCAUAACGACGAAAAUGAUAAACUAAAUUUAAAUGCUGUUGAUUGUCGGAAAAAAAAUUUAAUAAAUAUAGCUGCUGUGUCUGCAAAUAUUGAUAUUCAAGAUGGAGAACCGGAUAAAAUUCCAGAGGAAAAUCAAGAAGAAAAGCAAAUAAAUGACAAUGAAAAUGAAAAAACAUCUGUAAUUCAAGAAAGUAUAAAUAUUGAAAAUAGUGAACGUGAUUUGUGUAACGAUGAAUUAGUUUGCAAUCAUGAUGGACAAAUAAUUAUGAUUGAAAAAGAAGGAGGAGAUGAAGAUGAAGGUACAAGUGAAGUUAUAGAAGAAAUAUAUUUUAUUCAAGAUGUUGAUGGCUGUAAUGAUAAUAAUUAUGAAGAGAAAAAUAUAAAUAAUAUUAAUGAAAAAAUUCAACAAAAUGAUAAUCAAAAUGAAAAUAUUGAUAAUGAGGAGGAGGAUGAUGAUGAUGAUGAAGAAGAACAAAUUGAAGAAGAAGAAGAAGAAGGAGAAGAAGAUGAUGAAGAAGAAGAAGCAGAAGAAGAAGAAGAAAGUACAAACUAUUUUUCAAAAACAAGUAGAAAAAGUGUAGUGAAAAAUUCAAAUAAUAUUGUAGAAAAGUCGAGAAAUGUUAUACAAGAUAUUUUUGAUGAUUGGGGAGAUGAAAAUGCUGAUGAAGAUAAUCAAAUAUUUUCAACUAAAAUUCAAGAUACAGUAGAAAUUGAAUUGAAUAAUCUUCUCAAUGAUGAUAAUAUAAAAAAGAAACCAUUAACGACAAAUAAAGAAAUAAUACAAAAUGAAAAUUCUAAUAUCGAAAAUGAUAAUAAUGAUUAUGAUAGUAGUACUGUUAUUUCAAUGAACAAGAAAAAUGUAAAUGUUAAAAAUCCGCAAGAGGAAACUCGAAACCCUAGCAAUAGUGUGACAACAUCCUCCACAUCUUCAAUACCUUCUUCAUCUUCAUCUUCGAUUUCAGUUCCGGCAAAGAAAAUUACUAGAGAUUUAACACGUGCUAAAGACGACAUUCCAAGUUUUGUUCAACCAUAUGUUCGAGGAACGUAUUCAUCAGAAUUAUCUGCAUCUUCAUUACAUCAUGAUCAAGACGGUGAAUAUGAAGAGUUAAAUUCAAGAAAAAAAUUACAGUCUCCGAGAUUAGGAGUAAAAGUACCAAGCCGACAUUUAAAAAGUCAAAUUGCAACACCUGCGGAAGUUACAGAAGUUUUAAAAGAACGACUUCGAGAAAAACAAAAGAAUUUGGAAAGUCCUCAAGGUGCAGAUAUUGUGUUUGUUAAAAAACUAACUCAAAGAUUCGCAAGUAAAAUAUGUGCAGGUGGCACAAUGCCUGUUCCUGCAUUAAUUCCAAUACAACAAUCUCGUGACAGUCUUGAACGUGUGGACAGCAGUUCUGUUAUUAAUAACACAACCAUUAACUCAAACGAUAAUUCUGACAAUAGAGAAUUGCUUGCUAUUCUAGAAGGAGAUGUUGAUCCAGAUUGGUCGAAACCUCAAUCUCUGACAAGAGAACUUGCUUUAAAACAACUUGAUGAAACUUUAUCCAAAGGAAAUAAAAGACUAAAGAAAAAGAAUUUAAAAGUUCAUUCAAAUAAACAAGCAGCAGAAAAAGACGUCGUGGAAAAAUCACCGUUAACUGUACAAGAAGAAAAAUUAAAGCCUAAAGAUGGAAAUUUAAAUAAAAAAAAAGUGGACACUAUUAAACAAAAAAGAAGCACUUCAGCAGCAAAAUUAUCGACAUCGCCGUCAUCGUUAACAAAGCCAAAAAGAACGUCGUUAUCACCUGCUCAAAAAUCACUAAAAGAAAACGAUUCUCAAAAUACACAAUUAAAGCCAACAACAGCAACACCAACGCCAACAACAACAACAUUAAAUGUAGAAAUUCGUCCAACUGAUGAAACAAGAUCCGGAAGAAAACGAAAACCAACUGAAAAAGCACUUGAGCAAUAUGCUUCUAAGCGACAGAGAAUGUUUAAAACAAACUCGUCUCCAAAAGUUGACUCUGAUAUAAAAGCAGAUAAACAAAUAAAUCAAAUACUUAAUGCGACUGUUUCUACCCCGACGAAAAGGAAAAAAUCAAAUUCUGAACAAGUUUCAAUUUCUGAUGCUGCAAUAAUCACUAAUGUUGAAGGAGGAUCAAAAGAAGACUCACAAGCCACAGAUAAUAAUUUGAUAUCUUCUAAAUCACCAUCAAGCAAUAUUAGAAAAAUGGAUAAAAAUGCAAAAACACCAGAUCUUGGGAAAAAAGAAAAAGAUAAUUUUUCAUCACCUACAACAUCCUUGGAAGAAACUCGUACUCGGAAGUCAACAACAGCAACAAUUCUUACAAAAAGAUUCUUAUCACCAAGAUUGUUAAAACAUCAAACAAAAAAGGCGACAAAUGUACAAAAAAAAAUAUCACCAACAACCGCAACAAUGUCAUCAUUGCAUAAAAGACCAGUAGGUAGGCCCGCUAAAAUCAAUGUUCCCAAGAGAUUAUUGGUGAAAGAGAGAUCGGCUUUCAAAAAAACGGAAACUCUAAAACCCAAAAGAAAGAGAAGGUCUGGUAUUAAAGAAAUUGAUAAACUAUUACAAGAUGAAGGUGUGGUUAAUCUAUUGUACGAUGUGGGACAGCCAAGAAAAAAACGUUUGAUUCCAAUUACAAAAUCACAAAAAAAAGUGAUGGAUAUAGAAAAAGCAGAACGAGAUUUAGACCUUCGCAAGAAGCUUGUUAAAAGUACAGUUCUUGGUUUACGAGAUUCUGAUAUUAAAUUGAAUAAAAUUGCUUAUCGUACAAAACGACGAACAAGUCCUCCCAAAGAUACUCUUAAUAAUAAUAAUAAUAAUCAUCAUCAUCAUCAUCAUCAUCCAGAAGAUAUUUGUUCUUCUUCUUCUUCUUCUGCUUCCUCCUCUUCUGCCGCAAAUGACAAGAGAAAAAAUUCUACUGAAAUGAACACUGAAUUUAUUUAUCCAGCAAAAAUUAGAAAUGCAGCUGAUGCUUCAAUAAUUGUGAGAAGACAUUCCUCUAGUUCAUUUUCAAGUGUUUCAGGUAGUCCAAGAGUUAGUAUUGACAGUCCUUUGGAAACAGGACAACAACAAUCUAAUGAUGAGAAUAAUCACGGAUUAAGAUCAACAACAAAGAGGAAACAGUCAUCUUCUGAUAAAGCAAGUACAAAGCAUAACAUUUUAGAGGCAAAACGCAAUAAACAACAAUCUUCUACAAAUACACCACUACCCCCUAGUAACAAGAGUCCAAAAUCUUGUAAAAUAAAUAUUACUCAACCGUCAUCGUCGACUCUCAAAUCUGAAGAUAAAGAUAAAGAUACUAGAAUAGAUUCAAUAAAAAAACAAAGUAAAACUGUAGAUAUUAAUGAAGGAAAUAAAAAACUUAUCAAGAAUUCAAAUUUGAAUCAAGAUGCCGCUGAUGAGAAUACAAACAAUUUGGAAACAACUGAUAAAAUUACUACUAGAUCAAGUGGCAGUAAUAGUGCAGCUCUUAAAAAAACACCCAACAGCCAAAACAAGAAAAGAAUUGUUAAAGAAAAGUCCACUUCCUUAACGUCCAACAACAAUAAUGACAAAGUUUCUGACACAAGACAAGAGGAAUCGUGUAAAAAUCAAGAUAAAUUAUCUGCUUGUUUAGCAGAAGCAGCAACGGCUCUUUUAUCUGUUACUAGUAAUACUAAUACUAAUUGUGAUACAGAGAGCAGUGAAAUUGAACACGGUAAACAUUCAAGUACUGCAAAUUCAAUGGGUCGAAAAAAUAAAGCCCUCACAAAUGAUGUUAAAAAGCAGAGCGAUAAAUACAAUAGUUGUAAUAGUAGCAGUGACCCAACACAUAGUGAUACAUCAUUGAAUUCACGACUUUUCAGUGACAACAAAGAAAUAGGCGUCUCUCGAAACGGAAAUCUUGUGCAAUUAAUAUUAACUCCUUCGACAACAAAAUUAACUAACGGAAUCACAUUAAAGGUGAUGCAAGAAUUAUGUAAUACUCUAUCAAUAUUGAAAACCGAUGAGGAAUGUCGCGUUGUUCUCUUUACAUCUAAUGGCGGAACAAGUUUCUGUGAAGGCCUGGAUCUUUCCACUUUGAUACACGCUAAUAAGGAAAAACGAAAAAUUUAUGCCCAAGAAAUGGCAAAUGCUGUUAAGGAAUUUAUAAAAUGCUUGGCGACAUUUAAUAAGCCCCUUGUGGCUGGAGUUCAAGGAGCUGCUGUCGGUUUAGGUGUGACAAUCCUACCUUUAUUUGAUUUGGUAAUAGCUAGUGAUAAAGCAACAUUUUAUACCCCUUAUGGCAAGCUGGGACAAAUACCAGAGGGAGCGGCGAUAAUGACCCUUUCACAUGUUCAUGGAAGUGCAGUUGCAAGUGAAUUACUACUUGGAGGAAGGACCUUAACAGCCAGUGAAGCAUUGAGGGCAGGUCUAGUUACAAGGGUAUUGUGGCCAGAAAGAUUUCCAUUAGAACUACUUCCUUUAGUAAAGGCAAUGAGUGAGCAGUCUUCUCAGUCAAUGGAAGCAACGAAGGCUCUUUUACGUCAAAGUCUACGAAAUAAGUUAAAUGACGCUCUAGAAUCUGAAACCCAUAUAUUAGUAAAUCAGUGGUGUUCAGAUGAAUGUCAAGUAGCCAUUAAAAAAUAUACUGCGAAACAAAUUGAAUGAAUUAAAAAAAUAAUUAAACAAAACAUGAUGAUAAUGAUACUGGAUAAAAAGAAUUUACUUUUUCAAUUAACUUUUGUAUAUCUAAAAAAUUUGCAAUUCAUCGUUAAUUGUAUAUAGAUACAUAUUUAAGUGUAAUAUGUAAUUGCAACUCAUUAAUCUAUUUUUAUUUUCAAUUGAAGAAACAUUUUAAUAAAUAGUGUUAAUUGUUUACACUAAAUACAAAAAAUUGAAAAAAAAUAUGUUAAUCAGAAUAGUAUUUUGAGUUUCAAAGACUACAUAUAUGUAUAAAUCCUCAAUGAUCAGAUGUGCAAAAUAUAAAAAUUGAUUAUUUAAUA